CUGAGAUUGAACGAACGGUUCACCAAUGUCGUCGUCGACGGGUAUCGAGUCCAAUGACGACGCUGUGCUGGUGUCUGGGCCCAAUGCACCGACGGAUACUCCGAGCAUCAGUGUCAGUCCCAAUGGCAGUGACAAUGGCAUUGGCAUUGGCAGUGAGCCAGCAGAGGAGGCGCAAACCGAAGCCGAAGAACAGCUGUCCGCUCCCAGCCAGCCAACGGCACCCGCCAGCAAUACCUCUGUCGCUGAAUCACCAUCUUCAUCAUCAUCAUCCUCUGCGGAUACCGCCUUGGGCAGCCAGCCGAUUGAUCCGUUGACAAAAUCCGCCGCAGAGCAGCAGCAGCAGCAGCAGCAGCAACUGGCGUCAGCUGCUCUGACUCAGCAGCACCAGCAGCAGCGCGCUCCGGCAGUCGACGCAGCUCCAUUCGCAGAUGCCUCGUGGGCACCAUCCUCGCGCAGCACCACCGCGGCGGCCGUCUCGUCACCAACCAAGCUCGCCGAGGGCAAAAACCAGAGCGUUCGUGAUGCUGCCGCCGCUGCCGCUCCUGGUUCCGCUGGUCCAGCCGCCGGUCCGCUCUCCGCAUUGACGUCGCUGUCGGUCGACUUUGGCUCCUUGUUUAGCUUUGGAAGCAAGCUCAGCUCUGCGGCGCCGGCGGCAGCAGGAGCGGCCCCGACUGCGAGUGCUUCGUUGUCGACCAGCCCUGCGAUUGUCGUUGCUCCCAGCUCGACAGCCGCAUCGGGUCACACGCCACCUCUGCCGACAACGAGCACGGCAGGCACUCCUGCGUGGCCUAACACGGCUGCUGGAGGUGCGCCUGGCACGCAGAAGCCGGCCGUUUCCUCGAUUCCGGCGUACCGACUGAUUGAGCGACGUAAUCUGUUCAUUGUGCUGAAGUUCACCAUCAAGCGGCUGAUCGAGUCGACGGUUGGCUUUGGCAAGCCAGUCGACGAAACCCAUGAACCUUUGCAGCAAAUGUGCGCCGUCCUCGAGCAUAUUUUGCAUCAUGGGCUGAAAGUGAAACGCAGCUUGCUUGGCGACCGCCGCGAUCCCUUCGGCUGCAUUGAGGCAUUGGAAAAAACCUUCCCUUUGUCGGCGACCGCAAUCAACAACAUUCGCGGAAUGAGUUCGAUCAAAACGCAAACUGGCAAAGUGCGAGCGUGGUUGCGACAGUCGCUCAUGGAGAAGCGCCUUUCCGAGUAUUUCCGUGCCAUGAUUGAAAAUCGACCCGUGCUGUGGGAGUGGUAUGACGACUAUGCCUUGGUUUGCUCCGACGAGGCCAACGUUAUCUGUGGCUUGUUGGUCAGCAUUAACGUGAUUGAUUUUAACAUUUUCUUCCGUGGCGAAGAACUUGAUGCCUUGCCUUCGGUGAUUGACUAUGGCCGCCACAUGAAAGAAGCCAGCGCGGCGCUGCUUGAGCGAACACACGCUGGAAGUGAUGCGAGUGGCCGAGGUCGAUCUGCGAGUCGUACGAGCAUUAGUAGCAAUCGAACGUCAACAGUGGACUUGGAGGAUGACGCGGACAAUGGCCGAGUCCGGUCUCUGUCGACGCUCAGCGACCACCCGCCUGUCGUGGUGACUGGCAGCUCUGAACCGAGCUCUGCUUCGCAGUCGACGAUUGCCCGGCUCUUGGACCAAAAGAACUUUCUCGAGGAGACGCUGCGCAAUAUGGAGCUAGGUCUUUCGGACACUUCCAGCAAGCUGCAGACUGCCCAGUCGGAACGUUCCGAAUUGGCCGUUCAGCUCCAAGCGGCUGGCAAGGCGAAUUUGGCGCUCAAGCAAGAGAUGGAGCGCUUGCAAAAGGAGUUUGCUGCGGCAAGCGAUUCUCACAAGCGACAGGACGAUCAUGCCAAAGCCGAUAUGACCCUCGAGCGUGAAACCUACCGAAAGACCAACGCCGACCUCGAUUUGAUGUACAAUGCCAUCAAGAAGCAGCUCGAGGCGGAAAUUCGACAACGUCAAGCUGUGGACAAGGAGCUGCAGAAUGAGGCUCAGCGCCGAUCGGAUGGAGAGCAGCAAAUCGUCAACCUAUUGGCGCAACUGCAGGAUUCGCGAGACACGAUUGAUGCGUUGCGGCAGCAGCUGUCCGACGUGAAGGGCUUCAAUCUUGAAAUGUUGGAGACAGUCAAGAGCGCCAAGGAAGAAGUGUCGCUGCGAACCAGCGAGCUGGCUGUCAUGGCUGAGAAUGCGUGGUCGAAAACCCAGACCGCAGAGCGUCUGACUGCACAGCACGACGCGCUCGCAAAUGAGCACCAACUUCUGACGCAAGAGUGCGCUCGAGUCUCUCAGCGUCUGGCCGAGGUGGAGGAGCAUGUUGUGGCGGCCAACACCGAUCUCACGAUUGAAAAGCAGUGGCGUGAGGCCAUGCAGACCGACUUGGAACGCGAAAAGUCGGCACGCGCAAAGGCAGAAUCAACACUCGUAAAGACCCAGUCGCAAAUGGCCGCGCUCGAUGUCCAAGUCGCCGGACUGCUCGCGGAAAAGGCAGAAUUGAUGCGCAAACUGCAGGAGCAAGAAUCCGCCUUGAUCGAUCUCGGCGGUGCGUUGAGCAAGUCUGCCGUCAAGAUUGACAACUUGGCCCAGAUUCAAGAGUCGAUUCGCACGAAAACCUGGGACGAGGAUAGCGAGGUCAAGAACUGCCGUCGCUGCAACAAUGCCUUUUCCAUGGCGCGUCGUCGGCAUCAUUGCCGUAAUUGCGGAGGUAUCUUUUGCCAAGAUUGCUCAAACAGCAAGAUUCCGCUGAUGAACUCUGCCAAAGCCAAGCGCGUCUGCGACGAGUGCCAUACUUUGCUUCUGCAGCAGUACACUGCCCGUUGAGUUUCGUUGUUGCGUGCAUCCUGCGCUAGUGUGUAAUAAACCAAGUGCGGGUUGAUUUCCG